AUGAACGUAACGAAAAACUUAAGUCAGCUUAAAAUCCAAAGAUCAUUUCCAAAGAAAAACCAAAAAAGACAAAAACGGGAUAUGGGUUUACUAGCAUGUUUGGCUAUUGUACUUCCUGCCAUUCUGUACUACUUGCGAGAGAAAAAUGAAUUGGAUAAAGAUUACCCUCUUCUGAAGCUCGGCGCAAUGUUUCCUCCUUUUUUGUAUUCUGCAAUGGAGCAUUUCACUCUUCUAUGGGACAACUGGAAGUCUAGCUGGAAAUCACUAUCUCUAUUAGAAGCCGUGUUUUAUUUGUUACUGUGUAUCCUUUUUGCCUCAAUAUCCCUUGUCUCGGUUCUUUCAGCUAUUAUAUUUGGAUUCACCGAGUGGGACAACUUUUGGUAUGAUGAUUUUAAGAGCUAUUCCAUCUUUACACCUUCCUCGUUUGUGGCUUUUGCAUAUUUGCUUUCCACCUCCUGUACCUUUACUCCGGAAUUAAUUUCAUUUACCGACUCUGGCAUUACCAUCUUUUUUGAUCUAGCUAUACUCUUAUGCUCUAUUGCAAAUCUAAUAAUGCUUCUGAAGGAUGAAUUGAAAUGUUGCUCUUAUUUUUCAAUCGUUUCUUGUACUCUUAUCUUGGUUAGAUCGUUAAGGGAAUACUUCUUCCCCUCGGCUGAAUGCAAAGACCCUUCUACUUCAUGGAGGGUCUUCAUCCUUCUUUCCAUCCUUCUUCUUGAAAUAUCCAUUUAUGGAUUAAUAGGUUUGAAUAUACGAUCAAAAAUAAUAAACUAA